CGGGGGAGUUGUGAUAUGACGCACACGCAAGAGGAGAUAACGUACUGCUCAAGGAUACCCAGAUACAUGAAGUUUGCAAUGGCAUCCAGUAUAAACAUAAAAAAUGGACUUUUAACCACCAAAAAUUCUCUCAACAUAAAGAUUCCCUAUCCCACAUUUAUACAGAGGCCAACAGAGAUCAAUUGCUCAAGAGCAUUAACAACAGGACAGCACAAUGAACAGUACUGUAUUGAUGUUGUAAGGAAGAGGGACUAUGAGGGAUUUUUGUGUUCAUUGCUAUUUCCUGAGGCUGUUCGUCGAUCUGCACUGGCACUGAGGGCGUUCAAUGUAGAACUGGCACAGAUCAAGGACUCUGUUUCUCAGAAAACCAUUGGUUUAAUGCGAAUGCAGUUCUGGAAGAGCGCUGUAGAGGAUAUUUACAGAGAUGACCAUUCAGCCCAGCCCAUCAGUGCAGAACUGUGGAGGGCAGUGAGGAAACACACAUUAACAAGGAGGUGGAUGUUAAGAAUUAUAUCUGAAAGAGAGAAAGAUCUAGAGGACAAAGCAUACAGGAACCUUCAGGAGCUGGAGGACUAUGGCGAAAACACACAAUCCUCUCUUCUUUACCUGCUUCUGGAGACACUUGGAGUGAAAAAUGUCCAUGCAGACCAUGCCGCAAGCCACAUUGGAAAAGCCCAGGGCAUCCUGACCUGCCUUCGGGCAACUCCCUACAACAGCAGCAGACGCAAGGUCUACCUGCCCAUGGACAUCUGCAUGCUGCAUGGAGCAUCUCAAGAGGACUUCAUCCGUGGCAGCAGGGACCAAAACGUCAGGGAUGUCAUUUAUGACAUCGCCAGCCAAGCCCAUGUCCAUCUCCAGCACGCUAGAUCAUUCAGCGAGAACGUUCCACAUGCGGCCAUGCCCGCCUUCCUGCAAACGGUUGUUUUGGAGGACUACCUGCAGAGAGUGAGGAAAGCAGACUUUGAUGUGUUUCACCCCAGCCUACAAAAGAGGAAUCCAAUGCUGCCCCUUCAGCUCUAUAUACGAUCAUGGAGGAAGAUCUAUUAAUUUGUUUGAUUAAAUCGUCAUCUGAUUGUUGACAGAUGAGUAAAACAAACCAAGCAGUUGUAAUAAAUUAUCUAGCUUCUAUAUGUUCAGAAUGUUAUAGUAUUCCUGUCUUUUUCAUGUCUGAAAGUAAAGUGUUUGAUUACUCAA